AUGGAGAGAUACUCUCAGUUCCGGGAUCGAGGCUCGGGCAUUGCGCCCUUCCUCCCAAUCCCCGUUGAACCACUCGGCCUCCAAGCGCCCCUUCGUAUCUUCCUCUUCUGCUUCCGCCUCCCGCUCUUCAUCUUUGUCACUCUUAGCUAUUUUUUGAUCUUACAAUGGCUUCCUCUCGGAUCGCUGGGCAAAAAGGCUGCUCUAUGGUGUAUCCUUGGAGUUCCCAGCAUCUGGUGGAUUGAUCUCCAAGUGGACGGAGUGCGCAAAGGGUCUUUGAAGCAACAGCAAGCGCGUCUGCCACAGCCCGGCUCGGUUAUCGCCUCGUCCUUCACAUCACCCAUUGAUGCCGUGUACCUAGCAGCUAUCUUCGACCCGAUCUUCACAGCGUCCUAUCCCAACACUCGCCAGGUCGAGCGCAUCUCUCUGCUCCAGGCCAUUCUGCGAGCUUUCGCUUUCCCCGCCACGCAGCCGGCACCUGGUGCCCGGAUGGUGGAUGUCUCGACCCUGGUCGAGCAGUACCCCAACAGGCCGAUUGUCUUGUUCCCAGAAUGUACCACCACCAACGGUCGCGGCAUCUUGACCUUGAGCAACUCCCUUCUCAGCGUACCUCCCAAGACCAAGAUCUUCCCCGUCAGUCUGCGCUAUACACCUAUGGAUAUCGUGACCCCCCUCCCCGGGAGUUAUAUGAGCUUGCUGUGGACGCUGCUUAGCAAGCCGACGCACUGCAUCAGAGUGCGGAUCGCGGAGUGCAUUACAAAUAGCCAAAAUGCUAUUGAUACAGCCCCCUCUCUGUUGACUGGGAAGUCGACAUAUAAUACGAAUUACCUGGAUACACUGGACCAUAACGAGCAAGAACAACAGGCCUCGGUCAGCGAGAAGGCGCUGCUGGAUAGUGUGGGGGAGUCGCUCGCCCGUCUGGGUCGGGUCAAGCGGGUUGGCUUGGGGGUGAAAGAGAAACAGGAGUUUUCCCGAGCGUGGAGUCAGACUCGUCGGACAUGGUAA